AUGGUCGCCAUUCUCACGGUUGUCAUGCCUAUUUUCGGGCUCCUCAUCACCAGCGUCUUUGGUGCACCUAAGCCAAUGAGCGCGAAAGAGUUCAAAGAGCAGGGAGUCUGGGGGCCAACGGCAGUGUGGUACUGGCGGUGCUCGUCACCGUUCAUUGUCGAGACCUCGUGGGACCUUGAACGUUGGAGGCCAUCCAGUGUUUGCCUCGAGGGAACUUGCUGCUCAACACUUGCGAAUGGCCCGCUGUGUAGCAAGGAUGCUUGCAAGCUCGUGCAGAAGGAGCCGGAGGCGUAA